AUGACCUCAAAGCAACUCAAGGAAGAAAUUUGUGAAGAACAAGAGGAGCGGAAAGGACUGCCCUCCCCGUUGGCGUUGCUUGCGGCUACGUGCAGCAAAAUAGGGGAAGAGCAAAGAAUUUCUGAGGAAAGUGAUUCCAGUGAGGGCAACGUGGCUACCCAAGCUGAGAGGGACCCGUUGUCCCUCAGUCCGCAAUCGCAGCAACCACAAGUAAUCACACUUCAGCAAUUCCAAAACCUUUUAACUUUACAACAAGUCAAUGGAAAUGAACAGAAAUAUGUUCAAGCGGCAGCUUCUCCUACAGUUUCGGUCCAAGGAGUUCCUGGACAGUACAUUCAGUCCGGAGGGGGAGGUGGAGGAGUUACUUACUCGGUCCUUCAGGGAUCACAAGGAGGGGGUAUGCAAGCGAUUACUGUUGAUGGACAGGAAGCUGUGUUUAUCCCCUCAAGUACGGGACUCGUUUCACCCCUUAGGGUUCUGCCUGCUGGAGUCUUACCGACUGGAGCACCUUUGACACCUACUACAUUAUUUCCUGUUCAAAAGGUUGGACCAUUUUAUGGAGGCAGCUUUGCAUACUUGGAUUCUGUCUGCUCCCAGAAGUCUGUAUCUGAGUGGCUCAAAUCGGUCACAUUCCGUUAUGAAGUGAAGGGUAGUUUCAGGUGCACUUCUGCAGCGAUCACAGAGCUCAUCAUCCACUAUCCGACAGAUCUUUAA